AUGACCGCCGGAAAUGAACGACAACAGCGUGUAGCCGCCAGUUUUACCUGCCAGUAUUACACUCGGAUGGUGCAGCAGCCGGAGAAGCUCCCUUCCUUCUACACCCAAAAUGCCUCCUUUAAUCACAUGGGACACACGGCAACGGGCAUCGCAGAGAUUGAGGCGACCGUGUCGAAGCUGUAUCCCGCGCGGGUGGAUGCGUCCGUGGCGAUUAAGACCCUGACCUCCCUGACAGAUGCGGAUGGGCACAUUCACGUGUCGAUCAAGGGCGCAAUCACAGCUCCCCCCGGCGCGAGUCAGGAGUUUACCCACGAGGUGGAGCUCAUGGAGCAUGCGUCGCAUCCAGGCAGCUUUGGGAUAGUCUCUGACAAGCGGGACAACGCCCUCAGCGAGGAGGCGCCGAGGCGGUGGGCACUGGAGACACCUCCCAUGUUCGCGAAAGACCCUGCAACUGACACGAUGGAGCGGAUUGAGCAACCUGCCUCGACUUCCGUCGUAGCAAGUGUAGAACACUCCACAGCGAAGAAGGAAGUGGAAACGCUGGCGAAGGCGCAAGCGGCUGCUUCGGUGAAGACUGCAACUCCGCUUCCUGCCGCCGCCACCCCCACAAUGACUGCGGAUCCUACGACCACUACUGCAAGUCAAAGCCAGGCACCAAAGGAGGUUGAGAAGAAGUCGGCCACGACAGACCCAUCUCCUCCCGUCCCAGCUCCUGAAGUAAGGAAGCCGAAAAGCUUCGCCGAGGCUAUCAUGAUGUCCAAGCCUGGUGGAUCCUCACAGAGCCGCACGACACCGCUUAUGGUGCUGGCGAAGGAAACCAAGGAGCCCUCCGCUUUGGGCCAAGCGAAGGAGAAGAAGGAGGCGGCGGUGCACCCAGCGGAAAAAGAGGCCAAGAAUCCUGUUCCCAAGAACGGUGCGGAUAAGAAAAAGACGAGUGGGGCCUCGUUGACCGGCGAUGUUGGAAAGAAGACCGGUAAGACAUCGACCACAGGCAGGACCAGCAAGGAUACUAACACCACCGAAGCCAACGCCAAACGCAAGGACGCUGAUGUUCGUCCAAUGAGCCGCUUCGUGGUGUUUUACGAUAUCAUUGUGAAGGGUCUUCCCACCGGCGCCACAGAGCAGACGGUCCGUGAUAUUGUGGAGCCCAUCGCCCCAACUAAGCUCAUCAAGGUUCUUACACGAAGUGACAAGAAGGAUCCAGCUGUGAUGCGCACAUUUGCUUUUGUUCAACUGGACCACAACGCCAUUAAGGAAAAGGGUGAUGACGUCAAGGCGACAGUGACCAAAAUGUUGGCGGAUCACAAGGGAAAGAAGACUCUGGGAGGUCAUCGUAUUCAGCUGGACGAGGUCCGCGAGAAGUACACCGCCGCGCCCAACGAUGGGGCAGUGGAUGCAUCCGCGUAG